ACCCAAAAGGCCAUGAAAAUACACAUGUCUCUGAUCCUCUGUCCAAACAUCUGCAUGUUUGUUGCUUUCUGUUUGUGGUCGACAGAAGGGUUUCUAUCUGAGGUUAUCACUUGUUCAACUGUCAGUAUCAUGAGACCCCUCAUCCUUUUGAAAACGUCUUCGUAUCUUGACAGGUUACCACAGUUCUUACAAAAAGCAGUGACGGUGUUGGCUUUUCCACUUUACCAUUCAAGUUUAGUCAUGGGUGCAUGUUUAUUUUUCUUUGGUGCACGUAUACAGACGAGAGCAAUGCAACUUGACGCAGUACUAGUGGUCUUAGCAAUGAUGUUCUUCAUCACUGCUGUUGUGUUUGCUGUCUAUGGCCUUCGGAUAUAUCUGACUGUAUGUCUAGAAGCAAUUAAUUCAGUACUGCUUGCACUCAGUAUCAGGAGCAGUGCAAUCUUGGCCCUUCGCUUUGAAAUGGUUAUGGUCUUACCAUCUCUAACCGUGGGGAUUAUGAUGGUUCUCUCUCUACAAAGGCACCUUUUUCUAGGAAAGCCCUUUAAACGUGUGCAUAUCGUGGUGUCAUCCAUUCUUAUGACUACAUUUAGCGUCUAUGAAAUUUGUUCGUAUAUAAUAAUUUCUAUUACCUUAAAAGAUUUUCAUAGAGGUUGGAAAAUGUUAUUCGCAGUUGUAAUAUUUAUACUUGUGUGGUCAGGAGUGAAUUUUCUAUUAUGCUGCCACAGAAGACAGAAACAAGUUUGCUGCUUUCAGUGGAAAAAAAUAGGAUAUUUAUGCUGCGCUAUUAUUGUUGCAUUUCUAAUCACUUUACAUGGGACAUUGUGCUUUCGUUAUAUAUAUCUCCUUAUGGACAAUAAAGAUCGUGCUGGAUCUUUGGCGCUGAUGCCACUGGUCCAGGUUUUAGUAGCAACAUGCUUCUUCAAACAUCCUAAAGUUUUACCUGAUUUCAUUCAUAUUGUGAUCUACAUGUUUGGAGCUGUAGGUCUCAGUAUUGUUAAUGCUAUUGCUCUUGCCACUGAACUGAUCCUAAAAACAGAGGCAGGAGCACGAACUAUAGAAGAUCUGCGUCUGAUUGUUCUACCAUUUGAAAUGGUGUCUCUCUUUGCUUGGCUCACUAUUCAAAUCUACAGUGCCUGGAUAGGACUUAGAGACAGUUUUAACAGAAUGGAGCAUAACUUUGAAAAUAAAAGGAGACCAAAACCAGAGGUCAUUCCAGAAAUGGAGGCUCUCUCAGACCCUAACCCUGACUGAUCUGGAGGUGAUUAAUAACACAUACUGUCCCCCCAAAUGUAUUCUUCCAAAAGUACUUUUGUUUUUGCCUUGUGAGAAAAAUAUUAUUAUACAGAAGAGCUACAUUAUACAGUAUAUUGUGUAUAUGUAUUUCAGAAAACAUUAACAUUUAUACACUAAUGAUAUUUAACUAAGUCAGUCUUAGUCUUAACAUUUUUUUUUUUUUUACUUGAGCUACAAUUUUAUUGGUCAUAUCUUGUAUCUACAGUACCUGGUUUAUUAAGUGUGGUAUUCCUCUUGUAUUUCAAUGUGCUCUAUAGCAUUACAACUUUAAGAAUAAUUCUUUUUUUUAAUGAUUGCAGACUUUUAGUUCAAACUUUAAAGUUUCUGCUAUCAUCUGCAAUAUAAAGGAUAAGGAUCCUCUUGCUGCUGUGUUUGUUCCUUAGCUUGUGACUUUACUGACAAACUCCUCUGCCCUAAACCUCUUGCCAAAUAUGUAAGGUUACAUCUUUAUUUCUGACUUUGGUAAAAAGCUCUGACACUGUACAGUAAAAUCCUUCCAAAAAUAAA